UGUGACCAAACUCGCCACAAUUGACAGCAUUUUUGCAAACGGAAAUAAAAUGGCCACAUACGCCGCAUUCAAGCACGUCGAGCUGUACAAUGUUGGAAACACGAAGAAAAGAGUUCUGAAACCGCCGGGCGGUGGCAGCAGCGAUCUUUUCGGCCCGGAACAACUGGCCUCCAACACGCCGCGCACCAUGAGCAAGAACCGCAUGCAGUCGAACAUCUUCGCGGCCUCGGCGGAAGCCGCCCACAAGAAUGUCUUUCGACAAGGAGCACACCGAUACUAUUUUCUUGGAUCGGAAACUCCUCGCCGUGGCGGAACUGGACAGGACUCGCACAAUCGCCUGUUCGGUGAGCUGAACCGUCCGUUCACUCCGGCCAAAAACCACAUGAAGAGCAACCUUCCGAUCGGCAACGGGCAGGACCACGCCGAUGGAGCCAAGCACCAGAAUGGCAAGUCGAACGGAGUGGCCCAUCACAAUGGCAACGGAACAGCGAACGGACACCACACCAACGGGCACAGCAAUGGCAACGGACACAUCUCAUCGGCUUCCUCGGACAAUGGAUCUAGCCACAUCUUCCUGAGGAGAUUAAGUAACGAAGAAGACGUGUCUCCGGAUUCAGCCUACUCGUCCUCGCAAUCACAUCCUCCGGCCGGACCCGGAGGCAUAUGGGCACCAUUCGAUGCAAACGGUGCUGGAUUGGUCAGCCUGACUGGUGCUCCUCUCUCGCCGAGACGCCAGCAGAUGCAAUUCUACCCGAGCGGCGAAGCGCUGAAUCCGACGUACGCGUCCAACAUUAAUCUCUGCAUCAGUGAUGACAUCAUCAUCAGCGUGACCGAACAUGACGAUGCUGUGGAACCGCUGACCGUCUUUAACACCGGCAAAGCAUCGCCGAGGUCACCACGCUCACCACGGUUUGCGCAAAGGAACCCGGUUACCGGCAACGGAGUCGAAGACUACGCCGACAAACCACGGAAGCUCAGCUCGAGGCGUGGAGCAGGAGACGGCAACCCGGUAACCGGCGAAGGAUACAGCAAAUCGAACGGUGCAGCAGAAAUCAACACGACGGUUCCGUCGCUGAACGCAGGAGGCCAUGUUAUCAAUAAGAAUCGCAUUCCGCCCGGAGGAUUCUCGUCCGGCCUUUGGUAAACGGUUUGUUGUACGGUUUGCGGUGAAAACCGGAUACGAUUGUCUAGCAACAGUCCCCGCCCUGCAUACAUACACACAUACGCACUCAACAUUAACAUCCUAUGAUGCCGUCGAAAGCAAUGGUUCGUCAACAGUGGACCGUCCGCCGGAGCAGCGGAACAUCAAAUAGAUUGGUAUAGCAAUGGUAAUAAACAUAAAAACACAUAUAUUCGACCUCCAUCAACAAUUCGUCCUCGUGGAAGUUUAAGCGAAGCAGUAUGCAGGUUUUCACACGCAACCAUCCAAUAACGGAAGCAGCAGAACGAUAUGAUUACACCAUAAACUGAACGAGCAAUCGCGCGAUCACGCGAAAUGGUUCCGAAUACGAGUUUGUGUCGCAAGGAACAAAACGGUCGAUCCCGCGAACUAAGUAAGGAUACUGUACAAUGAUGAUGAUGGUACACAUUUUCUGGUUGAAAAUGAAUGAACCCGAGGGUGAAGAUUUGUAGAAAUCAUUAAAACAGCUAGGAACCGACAGAGAAAGAGGAAGAGGUAAAGGGAGAGAGGUCAUCAGAUGAGGGAAAAGUUAUUCAGGAAAUCAGCAAAAUCAAAACCAACUAAGCCGCGAUCGCAUCAUAAACCGAAAGGAACAGACAAACUGGGCAAGAUGCGACAUGUAUAAAAGAAAAACAAAAAAUGUUGAGCAUCGUUCUGUUAGUAGCGUGAUCACAGCAAAAGAAAAGAAAAACGAGAUUUCCGUGUUAAAAUGAAAAGUGUGGGAAUGAGAUGUGGAACGGUGAAACUAAUAUGGCACUAUAUCCAUACCGAUAUAAAUUCUUUGUAUUAACGAAUCUAUAAUAAUCACAAACGAGUGGAUUGACGUUGAUUUAGCAAAACGUCGCAAUGCCCAAGGGAAAGUGUGUGUGUGCAAGAAAGAGACAGAGAAAAAGAGAAGGAAAGUUUAAAAAGAUUCAUACUGAUGCAAUCGCGAAAGACAACAUGAAAGCUAUCAGAGUGGAAAAUGAAAUUUAUACACACAUACAAAAACAUAUAUAUCAGCGCCAUGUGAGAAUUAGCUACUGUGGAUCACAUUGCGUCGUUAGGAAACAAGUGUACACGGUCGGAUAAAUUCAAAUUCAAUAUUAAAGGAAAUAUUGCAAUAAGAAAGCGGAUAGAAAUGGAUCGCAAGAAUUCGAGGACAUACUAAACGUAUGUAAAACCAAAUUGUUGUUGAUUCCCGAACGAAGGAAGGCAAACUGUAGAGCAAUGUUUUCGGUUCCAAAUUGUAGAUUUAGCUCCAAUCAUAAUCUCCUUAAGCAAAAGCGAUAUUGGCCUUACCUCACGGAGGAGUUCGUUUAUGACUUCCAACAAAAGUACUGCUUUGGGUAUAUUUUUCAGUUUUUUGUUGUUGACAAACAAAACACAUAGUUCACAUUUGCAGAAGGUGUAUAGAUUCUGGAUACAUCUACGAGUGGCUUGGUUCCCUCUCAUAACUUUGCAUAAUCACGUGCGCGCGCUGGUAGACGAUGUGCGAGUUUGAUGGAUUUAAUUUCCCUAGAAUCGGUCUGCCGUGCGCCACGUGUGAUCCAUCCACUGGUGGUGCAGUUUCAUUCGAUUAUAUUUCCGCUUGCUAUUAUAAUUUUUAUAAAAUUAUCAGCUACAUAAAACGAAUGGAAUAGGAAAGGAACAUGCGAAAGCGAAAGGAUCGAUCAAUGUGCGAUCGAUGGUGCGAUUCCAACAGGGAUGCUUGAAAUUAUUGCAUAAAUCAUUUAGAGAGCGAUCAAGAAGACGUGUUUGUUUGUGUAAUAUCUGUGUCUUUCCAUUUUUUGUCGUACAAUUUAUGUUUCUUCCUCCCUACCUGGGUGUUUCAUGCACAUUUAACGAUAACUUCCAACGUUCUUAUUGCAUUUAUACAUUGCAAAGUAGUUUUGUCCGUUUGAGCGGUUCGAGCGCACUCCCGUCUACCGCCGAUGAACGCCGCGAAGUUCGAAAGGGUAAAGGCACCGGGAACCUGUUUGAUUUGUGCCUAAACCAACGGACUCCAACCAACCAACCACACACACGAAUUCACCAUAUAAACGAAUGUAUCUCCUAAACAUAACGGAAUGAAUUAUUUUUUCUCUUUUGUAAUAAUACAUUUUAAUUUA